AUGCCGAGAUCCAGGGGCUCCGAGCUGCCGCCGCAGCGGGCGUCGCCGCGCGCCCCGCUCCACCUCAAGACCACGGCGUCCUCCGACUCCAACGCCGCGCACCACCGCUCCGUCCUCGACCGGACCAGCCCCAAGCUCGCCGCCGACAGACACUCGCCGCGCAGCCCGCUGCCCGAGAAGAAGCGCGCGGGGACGCGGGUGGCGGAGCUGGAGACCAAGCUGGGCAAGGUGCAGGACGAGCUCAAGAAGCUGCGGGAGCAGCUCGUCUCCGCCGAGGCCGCCAAGAAGGACGCGCAGGUCGCGCUCGAGGAGGCCAAGAAGCAUGUCGGCACCAAGGGGAGCCCCAAGCCGGCCGCCGCGUCUCCCCCCUCACCCUCCCCCUCUCCGGCUCCCGCUCUCGCUCCAGUAGCGCUCGAAGAAGAGCAGAAAGCUGACGAUGUAAAGGUCGCCCAUCCUGCGGAGGAAGAGGAGCAGGAGCAGGAGGAGAGCAGCAUUAACUCUCCCGCGACCGACGUGUUCGAGGUCGUCCGGACCGUGUCUGCCGACAAGGAGAACCAGGCCGCGCCCCUCGCGGUCGCCGAGGACGGCGAGGAGGUGAGCUGCGGGGACAAGGCGGCGGUAGUGCUGGCGCCGGCCGAGGAGGACGCGGAGGUGGAGGAGACCAAGGCCAUGAUCGAGGAGGCUGGCAAGACACACAAUGCCUCCGCAGCCGCCCCUGCAGCCGCGGAGCUCAAUGAGAUCCCGGAGGAGGUCGCGGAGCUGAGGGCCCAGCUGGCGGCUAGGGAGAUGGAGGUGGCCGUCCUCGCGGCCGACAACGCGGAGCUCAAGAAGCUGGCCGCGGAUGCCGCGGCGGCGGCCAGGACGGCCGAGGAGGACGCGGCGGCCAGGGCGUUCCUGGUCGAGCAGGAGCUCAGGGAGAACGCGGCGCGGGAGGCGCGCAUGGGCGAGCAGCUCAGGGCGGCCGACGCCGCGCGCGAGGCGCUGGACGCCGAGAUGCGCCGCCUGCGCGUGCAGACCGAGCAGUGGCGCAAGGCGGCCGAGGCGGCCGCCGCGGUGAUCGGCGGGGACGCGCACCUCGUCGGCCACCACGGCCUCGCCGGCGGCAACGGCAACGGGUGGGGGUCCCCCGCGACGAUGCCCGACGACGGCGACGAAGAGGGGUUCGGCGGCAAGCGGAAGGGCGGCGCCGGCGGGAUCCGGAUGCUCGGCGACCUGUGGAAGAAGAAGGGUACAAAGUGA